AUGGCUCCAUCCUUCACCUCACGACCUCGCUCUGGUGAGUCCCAUCGUCCCAUCAGCCGAGACGACGACAACAACCUCGCCAUUCCCAAUCGCACCUCGUCGCUGCAUUCGCGCAUCACACAACCAAUGCCAGGCGCGAUGCCGCAGCCCAAGACCGGCAGUCGCGCCCCAAAGACUCUGACCCAUGCCUACAUGGUGUGCGGUGUGGGUAGAGAACCUUCGCAAUGGGUCAAGGCGCCAGUGCCGACUCAGGGCAAGAUCGGACACAUGAAAGGUGCUGUCGGACAAUUCUGGCUACCCGAGAUUCUGGGAAGCAGUCCCAGAUUGGAGCAUGACAACGACAUUGCGAGGUCCCUUCAUGCGGCAAUGAGGGUAGGGACCGAUACAUAUUAACACGGGAGCAAAGAUGCCAAUGCUGACUUUUACAGGCUUGCUUCCCUCACGACGUAGAGAUUUGCACAGGAACAAGCCAACCACAUUGCGUGCACCAUGCGUUCGUGCUGCAACAGGACUCCUCGCAUACCCUCUACGGCAUUGCUCUGCGAGUAUGGUCGCGCGCCGAUGAGAAGCGCGCCGAGACAAUUCGUGACCUACGCAAGCGCACCGAGCCCGACUACUAUGACCAGCCUGGUGAGACAUAUUGGAUUCCAUAUUGCCUGUCCUUCUUGUCCAGGUAUCCGCUCUACAACUUGCUUGGCGAUUACCUCCGUGGCAUGUGGAUCCAUUGGAACAAGGCCACAAAUCUCUUCCACGCCGAGGAGGUUUCGCGCAUCUUGAGCUUCCCAGCGCCGAGACUCAACGACCUUGUCCGUAUCGACAUGAAGGACUACGCGCUCUGCUACCAAUUUCCGUCUAACCCAAAUGGCUUCCAGAACUUUGCUCUCUGGCCUCUGUUCUGCUGCUUGUCUAUCCCGAACAUCGUCGGAGUCCUGGAGGCAGCCGUUUCACCGACCCGCCGAAUCAUCUUCAUCUCUCACUACCCGGCCAUGCUUACAGUAGCCAGCGAGACCAUCCGUUGCAUGGUUCGCGUCUACGAAUGGAGUGGGCUUUACGUUCCAUUGGUUCACGCUCGUCAUGCGAAAGAGCUGGUGCAGGAGCCUGGCCCAUACAUUCUGGGAAUGACUGCCGAGUGCCGCACGCUCUUUACUGCACCUUCGGAUGCAUUGGUCGUCGACCUGGACCGCAACUUUGUUCUCACUUCCAGCCCGCCAACAGCCUGGAGCGCAAAGCAGCGCCAGAAGCUCAUCACCCGCAUCACGCAAGCUCUGCAUGGCGACGUCGCUCCCACAGGAGUGCCUCAACAUUUGCGAUCAGCUUACGGAGGCGGCAAACUGAUUCCAGCUGGUCAGAUCAUCGUGAUGCGCGGUGAGGUCGAAAGUGUGCAAGACCCAGGGUGGUGGAGCCAGGAGGAUGUCAUGAGGGUCGUGGACAGAGCCUGCGAGAAGCUUGUCAGUAGACACUCACCGUCCCCUCGACUGGAUUUGCUAACAACUUUCACAGGGCAAGAACACCGGAGUCAAGGCCAUGUUCGGAGGCUCGCAGAAGAAGACGCUCAUGACGAAGGUCUCGAUGAGACACCUCAACGAGAUUGUGCGAGAGCGGAACCAAUACUCUCGCGACGCCCAGGAGGCAUGGCAGGACUUCAUCAAUCUCAAGGGACGCAUGGACACCGAACUCACAAAGGUCACGAAGAGAAACAAUUUCCUCGUGGAGGAGCUUGAGAGCUGGAAGCAGCAAUUCCUCAAGUUCCAAGCUUUUGCUGAACAACUCACCAAAGAGACCAAUGAGCUCAAGGUCAAGAUCGAAGGCCACAAGCGAGAAAACAGGAGGCUCACCUCAUUGAUUGACCAACAAAAGGAUGACCACGCAAGAUUGAAUAUUCGCCUCUCUGGCACUGAAAAGCAGCGCGACGAUGCUCUCGAGGCGCUCGUGUUGCAGCAAGAAAUUGCCGAGGAACUCGAACGGGAACGCAAGCGUAACAAGAAAGAUCUCUCGGCCAUGCAGCACACCAAUGCCACACUUCUUCGACAGCGCGAUGAGGCCCAAAGGGUGGUCCUACACCUUCGAGCCCUGAUUGAGGGUCAAUCGCACCACAUGGAGCACAUUGUCAAGCAACUUGGCCAGUCUUCCGAUUACGACUUCCAGGACGUCGAGGAGAAUGCCGCCAAGGAUGAGACGGCCGAAAGCGAGAAGGAUGAGGGUGACGCGAAGAAGACUACUUCGCGAUCAAGCACAAGGCUAUCUCAGCUACGCCUCGACGGUGAGGACCCAUCUCAAGCUACCGAAGCUCGUCUCCGAACGACUUCAAGCCGCAAGCGGAUUUCUGACCUCAGUCUCGAUGUCGCAGACAAGCACCUCCGAGACAAGACCGACGCCAUCACGUACAUCAUCCGCAACAUCUCGGAGCAGUGCGCCGCUGCUGUCGAAGGCCUCGACCUUGCGCGCCGUGCCGACACCAGCAGCACCACAUCCGAUGGCGAUGACGAGCAGAAGGGUGAGUCCUCCAAGAAGAGAGGUAAACGCCCAGCCAAGAAACAUCUCUCUGGCAGCUCUAUGGAUGGCGACAACGACAAUAUCAGCAACGGCUCAGAGUCGGAGUUCGGUGACCGCGCUGGCAGCACCACCGGCUCAUAUCUGCACCCGAAGCGUACCUCGACCAUCCCGGGCACGCCGGAUCUCAUCCACGAUCGCAGCUCCACGUCGAUGUCGGUGUCUUCUGAGAGCACGGCUGUGACGCCGCAGAGGUUUAGCCUACAGAGCUACAAGAACCGCGAGGACGACAUUCCCGAGGUGCCGACUCAGGUGUUCGAUGACGAGCAGAUCGGACACCAGCUGGAGGAAGUGCCAGAAGAGCCGGUCACCAAAUUCAGUCCCGCCGGCCUCGAGCGUCCCCAGCCGGCCGAGGGUGCACAUUGA